ACACACACACAUGCACACACACACACACACACACACACACACACACGGUCAUGCAGAGAGGGGAGGGAGAGAAAGAGAGAGAGAGAGCGAGAGAGAGAGAGAGAGGUAGAGGAGAGCCACACACAACGAGGGAACCCCAUCAGCUGGAAGUCGAGUAACAUUACAACUCUCAGCAGCCUGGAACUACUACAUUACGCAGACGAGGGAUUCACAUCUUCUUGGAGGAUUUAACGUGUUGGAUCACAGGAUUUCUGCUUUUUCUUUUUUAUAUUCUAAGGACUAUUUUAUUUUAUUUAUUUCUAUUUUUUUGUGAGGAGUAGGGGGGCAAACUGGCUCGAGGCGAGCAUGGAGUAUUUCAUGGUACCAGCUCAGAAGGUGCCAUCCUUGCAACAUUUCAGGAAAACGGAGAAAGAAGUGAUUGGAGGUCUUUGUAGUCUGGCCAACAUUCCUCUGACCCCAGAAACAGCCCGGGACCAAGAGAGGCGAAUUCGCAGAGAGAUCGCCAACAGCAACGAGCGUCGGCGUAUGCAGAGCAUCAACUCUGGAUUCCAGUCCCUUAAAACACUCAUCCCACACAGCGAUGGAGAGAAGCUCAGUAAGGCUGCCAUCCUGCAACAGACGGCGGAGUACAUUUUUACUUUGGAGCAGGAGAAGACGCGGUUAUUGCAGCAGAACAGUCAGCUCAAACGAAUCAUACAAGAGUUAAGUGGUUCCUCCCCUAAGAGGAGGCGUGCGGAGGAGAAAGAUGAAGGCAUUGGCUCACCAGACAUCCUGGAGGAGGAGAAGACGGAGGACCUGCGGAGGGAGAUGAUUGAGUUAAGGCAGCAGCUGGAGAAAGAGCGCUCGGUGAGGAUGAUGCUUGAAGAUCAGAUGCGCUCCCUGGAUGACCAGUUGUACCCAGAGAAGCUGAAGGUGCUUACCCAGCAUGCCCCGGAGCACCCAACCCAAACACAGAGCCUUGUCCGUCUGCAGCAGCACAAGCAGCUGGAGAGGGACCUCACUCCAGCCCACAGCCCACAGGUGAUGGCCCCGGCAACCCCCCCUGCACCUACACACCACGCCACAGUCAUCGUCCCUGCACCUGUCCAGCCCUCCCAGCCACAUCACGUCACCGUGGUAACCAUGGGCCCGACAUCAGUCAUCAAUGCAGUGUCCACAUCUCGACAGAACCUGGACACCAUCGUUCAAGCAAUCCAGCACAUCGAGGGCACCCAGGCGAAGGGUAGCACCGGCGAGGAAGAGAAGCGGAGGGCGGUCAUCGUCACUUCGGGUCGCGUCCUCUCCGACGCGGCGGGCUCAGACACGGCCUCAAACAGCGACGGGCCCGACGACUGCUCACUGCCUUGAGUUCAAACCCCCUUCCCCUCCAUCGUACGCCGUACACUUACAUACACAAACACACUUAACACACAACAGGCCCAAGCAGAACGGGGCUACAGGAGGACUCACACCCACAGCACUCUUCCUCUUCUUCAGAGGACGUUACUAGGGCUGGUAGACAGAUUGAAGCACUCGUUUUUGUUUUUCUUUUACAUGUUGUACCGUGAUAGGCAGCCCGAAUAGGUUUACACUCGUACAUGCACUCUUUUUCUCUGCUCAUCUUUAGCCCCCUGCUAUCUCACACACACACACACACACAGACACGUCUGUUCAUUAAUCUGUAGAGAGGUUAUUAGAACGACUACUGAUCUAUAAAUGCUCCGUCAUACUGGAUACUAGAAUGUCUGCGAAACACCAUUAAUCACCAGGAUUGUUCUCUUUAUUCGGCCCUGAAGUGACUGUGACUGAUCCACGGAACGGGAGACUAAGAGCCCAGCGGUGUGGCGUCAUCACCGCCCAACACCAGAGCGUUUUAAGAUGAACAUCCCUUUUAAACCUCCUUCUCUGAGCCGUUUUUUGGAGAGACACUGUGAGCUCAACAAGGCCGUCUCAACGUUCCACCUUCUUAGGCUUCUGGGUGAUGUUUUGUUUUACUCUUGUGAAGUCGACUUUUUCAUGUCUUGUUUCUCUAAAGGCUCCCUCAAGCCAGCAAGUUAAUGUGAUUGUACUGGAAAAAAAACACACACACAAAAAAAAGCACCACAAUGACGGGGAAUUUUUAAAAAAGCUGUUUUCAUGGCUGACUGGUGCUCACAGGAAAUGAAGCGAAGCGCUUAACUGGUUCACAGCUCUAUUCCUUUUUUUUUGUGCCAUUUUUACUGGGCUGGGUUCCCAGUAAUCCCACAUAUGUAUCUGGCAUGUUCUUCUUUUUACUCAUGGCCUGACAAAAAACUAAAUAUCAGUGCUUUGACGUCUCUUGACACCUUCCCCUCUUGAAUUUAAAAGCACCUGGCUUUCUAAAUAAGCUAAUCUGUGGGCACUCUUGAGUGGUUUCCACCGGUGUGUGUGUGUAUGUGUCCCAUUUUUGAAUCAGCAGGGCAUAGCGGUGUCCCAGACUCUGGCAGUCUGCGACAGCACCGCUUUUGCCUUGAAAUAAGGCGUAUAAAUGUGCGCACGACACACACACACACACACACAAAUAUGACUGACAUACAAUCACUUGUUCGCUCAAUCAUAAGGGCUGGACUUUAUUUCGCCCUAACCGUGUAGUUUCUUGUCCAAAUGUUCUAUCAAAGCAGAGUAUACUUCAAAUACGAGGAAAAUGCCCGGUGAAAUAGUUUGAAUGUGCCGUGGAGGGUUGACCACACAUGCUCUAUGCAUUUCAUUACAUUUGUCCUUUUUUGCGCGCUUUUCGUCUAGUGCACCAUGCUAUUUACACGUUUCUGCUUAGAUCACUCUUUAAAUGUUUUUGCCUGGUUGACAGACAGACAUUAAGACAUGUAGCUGAGAGAGGCAGCAGUUUGCCUUACUAAUCGCCAUCGUGGGUGCAGGGAGGCACUGUGAAGCCUUAACGCAGCCCCCCCGGGGGUAUGAGAGGCGUACUUGAACACUUCGAUCCAGGCCGUUCGACGGCCACUGGAAUCCCCUUGCCUUUUCAAACAGGCUUACAGAUUUGACUGUUAUCAGGCCAUUAAAUAGGCGUCAUCAGCCGCUAUAAGCACCAUAGAUGUGGGUCAGUAGGGGCCUACUACGCCUACUAUCUUGUGAAACUUAAAAGCAAGACGUUUUAACAUGUAAAACUCAAUGAAACAUUACGUUUUGAACACAAACAAAAAGGCUUCUUUAGGUUUAAAACACUUAAUUAAGUUUAGUAAACAACGUGUUUUGGCUUAAAAUAACUACCUUUCAAAAGUGAAAGCGAAACUUAAAAGCAACACGUUUUAACACAUAAAACUCAAUGAAAUGUAACCUUUUGAACACAAACAAAAAAAGGCUUCUUUAGGUUUAGUUAACAAAAAACAGUUAAUUAAGUUUAGAAAACAUCGCAUUUGGCUUAAAAUAACUACUUUUCAAAAGCGAAACUUAGAAGCAACACGCUCUAACGCGUUGUUAAACUGCAUGAAACGUUAUGUUUUGAACACAGACAAAAAGGCUUCUUUAGGUUUAUGCAACAAAACUACAACUUCUAUCCGUUAACGCAACAAAAACACUAAAUAAAGGAAACAGUUUUUUUGGCUUAAAAUAACUGUUUCAGAAGUGAAAUUUAAAAGCAAGACGUUUUAACACAUAAAACUCAAUGAAACGUAACCUUUUGAACACAAACAAAAAGGCUUCUUUAAGUUUAGGCAACAAAAACACUUAGUUAAAUUAAGCGAAACUUAGCACUUGUAAAGACAACGGCACGUUGUUGGUUUCACACGGGAUGUGAACCCCCAUCCAUCGCCCCCGACCUCCAUCACAUAUGGAGUUUCAUGUGAAUACAUGAUCUACCAUGUGAACAGAUGAUAAAACCUACCAGUAGGUGUAGUAGGCCCCUACUGACCCACAUCUAUGGUGAUUGUAGCGACUGAUAACGCCUAUUUAACAGCCUGUCAACAGUCCUAAUCGGCUGUGUAAACACCCCGGGGUGUGUUAGAAGAAUAUAUAUUCCCAGUUUGUUUUACUUAUGUUUGUUUUAUUAGGUUUGCCAUAAACAUGAACAGGUUGCUGGUAUAUCACUUAUUACAUUCAAGCGCUCCUGAUAUUUCUUCUCAAAAUGUAUCCGUAUACUGACUUCGUGGUUGGAUUUACGUGUAGCUUUGCACCCGUUGGCCCCUUCGUGUGCACUAUUAAAGCCAGAUGUGUAGGAAGAAAACUUCCACAAUGAAAUGAUGACAUUCCAUAAAAAUGUUACUAAAAGUGAGACCUGGUCUAUUUAGAGAUUAGUUACAUUUAGUGCUUUUGACACAUCACUGCUAUUUAGGGACAAACUCGUUAUUAAAAUCCCCCGCAUCGAUGCAUAGAUGGAGCUUUUUGAACUGCUGGACAGAUAAUGUGUUCGAUCGAACGCACCUCAUCUAUCAUGAUUCAUGUCACGGAAUUGCCCUUUAAAGAAAUAUUGAUGUCAGCUGCACUGAAAUGAAUGACACAUCUGUCAAAUUUAAAUCAUGGCAUUUAUUCCCAGUACUUAUUAUCAGUAGAGGCAGGAGUUUCCUGGAUAUUGAAAAUGUGUUUUGCAAGCUCUGCUUUUUGUUGCUCUGCAUUUGAUAGUUUUCUUCUGAAUCCCAGAUUAUUUCCAUCUUGUGUGUUAGGAAACGUCACGUGGACAUAUCAGCUUGUCAGAUGAGUGGGGCGGGCCUGGGGAUCAUUAAAUGGGGUCAAGAUUACAAAGCACUUACUGUACUAUACCGGAGUCCGCCUCUUUCUUUUGUACAAAGGGGCAACUCCUCAGCUGAAGCUCUUUUAGGUUCUGAGUAAAAGCCGCACAGCUGUGUAUCCCCCUUUUCCUCCAUGUCCAGACCUCUUACAUCUUGCCCCUCGCAUCUUCUUUUUGUUUUUUUUGUUUAUCUAUCGUCAAUAUCUCUCUUGUAUCCCUUCACAUUUCGCAGCUCCUUCCUCUCCCUCGUCUUUUGACUGUUCUCUGUAACCUUUUUUUUUUGGUGCAUAUGGUCGUCAAGAAGCUAUUUUAUGUCUUUGUUUUGUUUUUAAGAGAAAUGUUUUGGGGAUAAAGAGGCUUGUGCCUUUGUAAAGACAGAAUAAUAAAGUUUGUACUUUGUUUUUUACGCA